UCCAGCAAAUCUAUUCCCGCCAAGGCUCCAGCAAUUCGAUUCCCCGCCAAGGCGCAGCCUCGCUCACUUCACCACCACAUCCAUAUGCUCUGUGUGAAAUUUCUCUAGCGUGUACAUCUCACACCACGAUCUCCGCCAGUUCAUAACCGCCGGCCACGCCCCCAGCUCCUUCCAAUCACCUCAGCGUACAGAUUGCAGCUUCACCAUCGUCUCCUUGCAAGCUCUGACUUGGUUCGAUUUUUCUUGCCGCCUGGUGAGUCCAGGUUCAUGAGAGCUGGACAUCCUCCUACAACCAGCUGACCAUAGUGCCACCGACGGACCACAAGUUGUGGCUGAAAACACCUGGCUUCUAACAAUCAAGAAUCGAAGUCAUAACCGCUAGCUGUCCAGUAAAACCCAAGAGAUGGAAGGCCGAAUUCCUUUCAGAGAUAUUACAAAUGUUCACUCGAUGACUUCACCAAAAGGGAACCAACUAGCUGCGGUUGCAGAGCAGAAUGAUCCUUUAGCAGAAACCAAUAAGGCUAUCCAAAUGAAUUCUUCCCAGCGUAAGCGUUACCGCGACCGGGAUAGGUAUUUGCAAAUGACUCCAUAUCAGAGGGAAGCCUAUCUGCAAAGGAAUCGUGAGUAUAAAAGAAUGCGGCGUGAGUGCAGUGCAAUUUGUAACAACACACAACCAGCACCACAACAGAAAAUUUUGAGAUCUAAUAAUAAGAACCAAUCCAUGACAGGAGAGGAAGUCGUGGGCAGUUCAAACUAUGAGAGGCACGAUUCAGUAUUUACUCAACUAGGGUCUUCAUCAAAAGGCAAACAAGAUAGUGGUGGUUCUGAGACAAGCCGUCCAAAAGCUGGAACUCGGUUCACUAUCAGUCCAUCUGGCAUAUAUUUAUCCUUGAUAUCCUCGCGAGAACAAGCUACAAAGUAUGAAUUGAAAAAUGUGGGUCAGCGUAAGCGACAGCAUUGCACCAAUGUGUACUCACAACUAUCACAUGAUCAAGAAGAAACACAUGUACAAGAGAUUUGUGGCCCUAAUAAAAGAAAGAGGUCAGAAAAAGGAAGUUGUAGUACUGCACGGGAUCCUGGUAGAAAUACCAACAACUUGCAUGAAGACAUCAUUUAUGUGCCCCAGGAUUAUUUUCCUGUCAUUCAUGAUUAUCUGGCAAAUACCGAAGACAACAUUGAGUGCGAUGAGGUGGAUGAUGAAAGUCUUAUGUAUAAUGGGCCAGGUCUUGACUUUGAAUCAUAUCAAGAACCAAAGCUUGUUACAAGAUGUAUACAAGCAGAUCCAUAUGAUCGUAUAUAUCAUAAUGUGCCCAGUGGUCAUCAUUUUCUAGAGCGAGUGCCCAACUGUAGACAUUGUAAUGCGAAAAGGUUCCCAUAUGAGACACCAACUUUUUGUUGCAUGAAUGGAAAGGUGAAGAUAGUAACCCCAGUGGUUCCUGAAGAAUUGCGUCAGUUGUACACGAGUCAGGAUCCAAAUGCAAAAUACUUCCAAGAUCAUAUACGGUACUUCAAUUCUCAUUUCUCUUUUACCUCUCUUGGUGUCAUCUUGGACCAAAGGUUCUGCAAUAGGAGGUCUGGAGUUUACACCUUUCGUGCACAGGGCCAAAUUUAUCACCGUAUUGACCAGUUGGUUCCAAAAGAAGAUGGCCCCAAGCAUUUACAGUUAUACUUCUAUGACACGGAUGCAGAUUUGCAACAAAGAUUUCUUCACUCGCCUAACUUAAACCAAAUUCUCAUCCGGAAGUUGGUAAAUAUACUUUCAAGUAACCCUUAUGUACAAAUAUUUAGAAACCUUGGUUCUAUUCCAAACCUUGAUGAAUAUAUGAUUGAGCUCAACACAGAUAUUGCCUUAGAUCAGAGAGUAUAUAAUGCUCCAACAACAUCACAAGUAGCAGCAAUCUGGGUUGAGGGAAAUAAUCCUCGAGGUCAUUUUGACAGGAGUAUCAUGGUGUAUGGUAAAUCGGACAAACCACAGUACAUAAAAGCAUACCAUGGUUGCUAUGACCCAUUGUCAUAUCCGCUUUUUUUCCCGAAAGGGGAAGUUGGAUGGAACUUGAAUUUACCAAAAGUUGGUCCCCAUGCUAGGAGGAAGAGAGAUGAUCAAGCAAAUGCUCUCAACGAAGAAGUUUUCUGUGAGGUAACAAAUGUCCGUGAACUGUGGGACAAGCAUUUAGAAGCCAUGUGUGAUGAUUUUCGAAGAGAAAAUGUAAAUGCUGAAGUAGCUGAGCGAAUGGAUGACAGCAUGUGCAACUUCAGUAAACAAAGUGGAACUGCAGAAUUACUUCGGAGGUCGUCUUUAAUAAUUUGGGACGAAGUUGCUAUGACAAAGCGUCAAGCUGUGGAGGCACUUGAUAGAUCUCUGCAAGAUAUCACCGGUUGUGGAUCACCAUUUGGAGGGAAAGUAGUAGUGUUCGGAGGUGAUUUUAGACAGGUUCUUCCGGUGGUGAGGCAUGGCACUAGAGCACAAAUUACAGAUGCUACACUAAAAAAGUCUUAUCUUUGGCCAGACAUAAGACAUAUCAAACUAUGGCGCAAUAUGAGGGCAUUGUUUGAUCCAUGGUUCUCUGAUUUUCUCCUUAGAAUUGGUAAUGGUACAGAGGAAUCAAUUGGUCAAGAUUAUGUGCGCCUGCCUGAAGAAAUUGUUAUAGGUUACACAGAUGUAAAGGCCUCUGUUGGUAAGUUAAUUGAUGAAAUCUUCCCUUUAAUGGACAAAAAUGGAAACUCGCCAUCUUAUAUUAGUGCACUUGCCAUUCUUUCCACAAAGAAUGAAUAUGUGGAUGAGUUAAAUGAAAUGCUUAUUGAUCGAUUUCCUGGAGAAGAAAAGGUCUAUUACAGUUUUGACUCGGUGGUUGAUGAUCCACAUAAUCACUAUCAACCUGAGUUCCUAAAUUCACUCACACCUAAUGGCCUACCUCCGCAUAUUCUCAGAUUGAAGAUCAACUGCCCUGUUAUUUUGAUUCGCAAUCUUGAUCCUUCUAAUGGUUUAUGCAACGGUACAAGGCUUAUUAUUAAGGCAUUUCAAGAUAAUGCUAUUGAUGCAGAAAUUAUUGGCGGACAAUAUGCUGGGAAGCGAGUGUUCCUUCCACGAAUUCCUCUCUAUCCUUCAGAGGAUGAUGCUCUCCCCUUCAAGUUUAAAAGAAAACAAUUUCCAAUUCGGCUUAGUUUUGCCAUGACAAUCAACAAAGCCCAGGGUCAAACCAUCCCAAAUGUUGGCAUAUAUCUUCCUGAGCCGGUGUUUUCUCAUGGCCAACUCUAUGUUGCUUUGUCUAGAGGGACAUCAAGACAAACAACUAGAAUACUUGCAAGGCCAAAUAAGGAUAUUGACCCAUCAGGGAAAAGCACAAAAAAUAUUGUCUACAGGGAUGUUUUGGUAUAA